AUGCGGCGUCUCUAUGAGAAUGUGGCGUCCUUCAGUGAGAAUGUGGCGUCCUUCAGUGAGAAUGUGGCGUCCUUCAGUGAGAAUGCGGCGUCUCUAGUGAGAAUGCGGAGUCUCUAUGAGAAUGUGGAGUCCUUCAGUGAGAAUGUGGAGUCCUUCAGUGAGAAUGUGGAGUCCUUCAGUGGAGGGAUGGCACUGUCAUUACUUAUUUUAAUUGUCUUGGUGUUCCCCUUCCUCACGGCGGCCAAACACAAUACAACCGCGGGAGGCUGUGCUAUCAUCCGUCCUCCCAGAGAUGGAGGGAUACGGUACAGAGGACUGACCCAAGAGCAGAUCCGCAGUGUGCAGGUGUUACCUCUGGACUAUGAGAUUGAGUACAUCUGCAGAGGGAACAGAGUGAUCGUAGGACCCGAGGUGAGGAAGUGUCUACCCAACGGUACCUGGACUGACCUCACCCAGCGCAGCAAAUGUUGUGAGUAUCUCUUCUACUCUAAUACACUCCAUAACUGA